AUGAACGGAGGUGAACUUCAGGUGACGAACGAGGCGGUCUACAACGAUGCGGUGCGAGUGACCAAGAUCUUUUCCGGUAUCUUCUUCUUUGGACUGGCGGCGUGGCUCAGCAUGGCGAAUGGCACCAAGCUUUCCUUCAUUCAGCAGGUCUACGUGGGCGCUUUCUCAGCAUUCUUCAACUUCUUCCAGCUCACCGAGGUGGAUGAUAUUCUGCUGGAUCGAGCAAGCUCCUUCACUUUGGACUUUUCGCGUCCUUUGGAGUGGAUCAUGACUUGCCCGCUGAUGCAACUGGCUUUGGUGUUAAUGGGCGGCUCUCGGAUCCCGGAGUAUCGCCGCAUGCUGAUGCCUGGCUUGUCGGUGGCUGUCCUUGUUUGCGGCACUGCAUCAAUGCUUCUGUUCGACGUUUGGGUCUAUGUGGCAUAUGGGGUUGGCAUUCUCUUUGCUUCAGUGAUGUUCUUCCUGAAUCGCUUGCAGAUCAUCGAGCACAGUGAUGGGCAGGAGUGUCUGAUGUUCCGCAAAGCAUCGAUCUUGCUGAUCGUGACGUGGAUUCCCUUUCCAACCUUCUAUGCACUCUCGCCCGAGGGCUUCGGAAUCAUCAACGACGUCCUCUUUGUCCAGGUUGGCUGGGCCUUUCUCAAUAUAGUUUCCAAGUUCACCUUCAUUUUCUACAUUCAAAGGAUCAAGGACAACUAUUGCAACAGAUUGAAGGUGAAACGCGAGUUCGCUGGAGUGCAGAGUGCUGCUCCAAAAGGCCCCACUGUGAAUGCUGAUGGCACCAUCACUCCACCCCUGUCUGGCAUGGCCUUGGCACAGUCCAAGCAAGCUGAGAAGGCCCAGAGCGAAAUGGGUGCGCUUGUGGUCGAGACCAUGAACUUCCUGGGGAUGGCGCAGAACUCGGAACGCUUUCUGCGGUUGCUGCAACACUCAAAUGUGACUUCGCUCCGGCAUUUGGAGUGUCUCUCCCAGGAUGAAUGUUUGAAGCUUCAGCUGCCUUGGGACCUUGUCGCGGCAGUUCAAAAACGCUUACGGGUCUGGAAAUUGGAGAUGCAGGACGAAGCAGAGCUUGCUUUGGAGCAGGGUGAGCUCCACUACCAAAUGGAGGCGCAAAUGGCAGUCACCACAAAGAGCUUUCAAAUGCAUAACACUAUAGAAAACAUUUGUCCACUGGCACUAAAGCAGAGCAGCAUGAUGCAGCAUGAAGCCUUGACAGCCAUGCAGCAACAGAACGAAUUCUUCCAGACGGAGAUUCUGAAGAGGCUGUCUGAACAGCCAUCACCUUCGCAUCAGGUUUCGCCACUUGGCUGA